AUGGCCAUCGAUGCUACAGGUUGUUUUGCAGACGAGUGGUAUGAAAUGAUGAGUGCUGCAUCGCCAUCCAAUAGCAAGGCAGAUCGCGGAGAAGCUUCUGUUUCGCCGAGUAAUCAGCUGGGAGCCAGAGGUGGCCUGGAACGAUUUGACUUGGAACCGGACAGUGCUGCAGAUAUAGAAGCCCUUGAGCAGUCUUUAACCGCUCUGCUGGAUGAUUUUCGGUCUGGGCGCAUGAGUGCACGUCAUCGCUGUUUGAAUUUUCCCCUUAUAUAUACUUUAUCUAGUAAGAAACCUGUUACAGUGGCUGAAGACAGGCUGAAAAUGAUGCGAAAAGCCAGGCAAGAAAUGGAAGAUUUAACAGCCUUCCAUGUUAAAUUGCAUAAAAUGCAAGCGCCAAAUUUUUCAACUUUCAGGCAAGCCAUUUUUUUAGAAAAAAUUUGUUGUGCAUUUUACUGUUGGUCAUGA